UUGGUAGAACAGUGUUAAUUCUUUUCAUAUCUAAUGUUUAAAUUCUCAUAUAUUCUGAUUAAUAUGAGAGCUUGAAUUCUGUAACCACAUUUUUAUAAGGAAUCUUACACCAAGCCAGUUCUGGAAGAAGCUGGCUGUCAGGGUUCCAUGAAGGUACUGACUGAACAUGUUUUUUAACACUAGAAAUGCCAUUUGUGGUCAGUGUUCUAACCUUAUGUUAUUGACAAAGCCUAUGCUCGAUGCUUUGUUUAAUGCAGUCUGGGCUUGAAAGGACAGAGAAAGCAGCUUCUUUAAAUUCUCACAAAAAGACUAAUUUGAGUAAGAAAAUAAACUUUAUCACCAAAGCAAAAUUACUUCAGCUCCCUUGGUCUGCACUUCUCAUAAUAACCUUUCUUAGUAAGUAUUUAAUGUCACAAAAUUAUCCUGGUGACAGUGAGUUUUUAAAUUAACUGUGUUUGCAGAAAAUCUUGCCAAGGGCGACUGCUGAUUUUGUGUAAUUAAAGAAAUUGGAAUUCCUUUAUGUUAUAGCUUUCUGCAGUGCACCCUGAGUGGAUUUAUCUUAGAAAAUGGGUAAUACUUAGAUUUUACUGCUACAGUAGACAAACUGUGUUAGUGAGGCAGAUACUGCUGCCUUUCUCUGCUGUCUGAAGCUGCUUCUUUUGUCAUCUGAAACAAUUGCUCUUUUAAAAAAAUGCUUUAGACAGGCACUUGCCUCUGUUCUUGUUUUUGCACCAGUACCACUUGGAUCAAAACCUAGGAAAAUAAGGAGGUGCUUAUAAUGCAGGCAGAGUCCUGCCUGCUGCACUGAUAUUUGGAGCACAAAAUUGGAAUCUGAGACUAAAACAUGGUAAUGACCUGGAAAAAAAAAAAAUGAAGGUGAGUUUUAGGUAGCUUACACAUGAAGAAAACUAUAGGAAUAUGUAUAACUAAUACAGUAUUACUGCAGUUUCCAGACAGUUGGAAUAGUCUGGUUUUAGUGUGGUUAUUUUAGAGCCCAGUUCUUCAGGGAAUUAAUAAAGAGCCUGUUCUCUGUUUUGUGUGCUGUGAAAUGACAAAUCUCAGUGAGCAUGGCUGAGCAUUUCAACACUGCAAAUUCAAGGAGUUACUAUCAAAAGCAUAUCCUUUGCGGCCUGUCCUAAUUAUCUUGCAUUUUCUUUUAAAGUGAUAAAAUAAUUUGAUUUAGUAUUUUCACAGCAGUUUUAGCCAUCAAAACGCCUUAUGAAUACAAACACAUUAUAGUCAAGUUGUUGAUAAUGAAACUUCAAACUGAAGUGGGAGAGAUGCUGGCUGUUAAUGCAGCUUGAAGACAUAAAUUUAAGUGGUAGGAGGAAAACUGGAGCUCACAUUUUUGCAAAAGUCUCAUCACUGGCCGACUUCUUAAGUUAUGUGCUAAAGCUAUUUUAUUUGACAGUUUUAUGUUUGAAUUGUAGUACUUUCCUCAUCAUUAACUCUGCCAGAAUUUGAGUUCUUCCCACCCCUGUUCCAUGCCUAAAAACUUGAGGGUCUUUAUCCUAGUCUGUAUGGAUGCUGUGGGACACAGGGAAGGAAACUACCACGUGGAAGAGCCUGUUGACUUCCUUGAGAUGCUGUAAGAUGACUUGAUUCUGAAGGCUUAUCUUGUUAAUGCAUUGCAAGAUUUCUGGCUGGGUACUGAGGUUCUCCAGAGAUAUGAAUGUUUAAUAUACCUUUGGGAGAUGGGUAAUGAGUAGCAUGCUUUAUUGUUGCUUUAGUGAAAACCUUACAAACAUACAGGCAGAAUUGUAAAGGAGGGAGGAGAGAUGCUUUACGCUUCUACUUUGGCAAAUACAUCCUUGCUUAUUUUGUAACAGAACCAGUAGCAUACUCAGUGUAUUUCUUUGUUAGUGCUAGUAUAGACUGAUGCCAAGGGAAACCUGAAAUAUAAAAUGAGUUGUAAUGCAAGACAGCAUUUAGUAUUGAGUUGACUUUGAGGGAGACUUCAUCCCGAAAAUAUGUGGAAAUGACCUGCAGUGCGAGGCACAAUGUAUGAAGUGCUCCAAGUCUUCCAGAGAUUUCUCAGCCUUACAUAUAACACAGGAAGAUGAAUAAGACGAAACUGAGUUAAUACAUGAGGUAUCUCUUACAGCCUAUGGAGGUGUUAAUAUGUGGUUACAAAGUGCUUGAGCUAAUAUAAAACAUGGUUUUGUUAAGGAAAAGGGGUGUUGUUUCACCACCUGGUCCUGCUGCUGCUUUUCUGCUGAUAAUUUAACCCUCUGCAUGCCAUUUCAUCUCCAUAAUCCUGCAGGAAACUGCACUCUUUUUGUGGUUAUGGUUUUACACAUUGAGAGAGGCUCAGCUGGUCUUGUACCCUCCAGCUGAACUUGCCUUUUCUGAUAUCAUCCUGCACAUGGACACUGGGAAUUUCUUCCAUAGCUGGGUAGAAGUGGAGCUAUCCUGAGCUAGGUCUGCAUGAUGGGGAAGAGCAGAGAAAAUGAAGACCAAUUAUUCAGCUUUUUUCCUCAACCCAUGCAUCUCUUGAGCAAUGCCAGAGUGAUCUUUGUCUGUGCUUGAAGUCAAGGACCUACCUUAAUGUUCCUGCAUGCUGCCAAGGCUGUGGGCGUCAUGCUUUUGGCGUGCAGAGAGGUGGAACGUGGCUCUAGUCUUGCUGCUUGACUGGCAGGAAUGUUACGGUCUUUUGGCAUUCUCUUCUCCCUGGGAACCAUUCUCAAAUGUUUCUUUAGGACAAUUGUAUUACAGUGAGGAUUCGUUAAAUCUGAGGCCUUUCUUUUACAUAGGGCGCAUCCAUCAACAGGCACCUAUUUCACGUGAGCAGGGGUAGAAUAUGAGUUGUUGCCACACGCUUUUAAGUCCACAAAAUCCACAAAGUCUGCACACUUUAAGUCCACAAAAAGGAAGCAGUGAAAAUAAGCCAAAGAAAGUGAUUUCUCGCUGCCUGAUUUCCUGAGCAACCUUAAGUGCUGGCAUUUCUCCUUUACCUUUCUAUACCUGCAGCAGGCUUCUCCCUAUGCAAACAUACGUGGGUAUUUCAUGUGAUUGCUCGAGAAGGGCUUGUGAGCCCAUGGAAGGCUUUGGGGUACAUGGCUUGCACUGUAAUAAGCACUUAAUUCCUCUAUGGUGUGGCUUGUUUUAGUCCUGUCACAGAGUCCUGACUGGAGAUGAUUCCAACUGUGUUUUUUACACAGGAUGACAUCAUACUUGGAAAUAGUGAGGAUUCCUGACACUUUGUUGGAAAGCUAUUCCAGUGUGCUAGAUGGUGCAUAAAGUGCAGUUAGCUGUGACCCAGGAGAUGAGGGCUAUUACCAAGGUGGAAAGUUUCAGUUUGAAACUGAAGUUCCUGAUGCCUACAAUAUGGUGUUUAUUGAGAGAACAUUCAAUUGAUGGCACUGGCUGGGCUCCAACUAGAACAUUAAAGGAUCUUCUGAAUUUUGACGAUCCUUUGAAUAUUGAGGCUGCAGAGCAUCACUUGCGUGACAAGGCAUUUGAUUAUACAUUUGAGGACUUAGGUUCUGCAGUGAUUCUUCCUGUUCAGAAGAGAUCAGGUCUUUCACCUUGCCAUUUCUCCAGAACCAUCCCAAAUUUCACAGAAACAGAAAGAGCAGCUGGCAGUGGCAUCUUCAAUGCAGAUCAACACCUUUGCUUAUUGAACCAACUGAGUAAUAUGAACUACUGGCCUUCACAUAAGACACCAGCCAACAUCUGUGCUGGAAAGGAAUGAAGCAUCUUUUUCUUCACCUCCAAACUGCUUAGACUCUUUUUUUUUUUUUUUAAUUCUUUGGCUUUAUGUAAAACUCAAGGGCAGAGUGGCUUAAUCCUUUGAGAUUUAGGCUGCGGAGCCCAAGAGCAGAGGUAUCGUGACUGUUGUGGGGAGUACAUCGUUUAUUGCAUUAACUUGUCUUGAUCAAAGCAUUUGGGUUGGUUCACCUCUUCAUAAAUGGAGAAUGAAUAACCUGCAAGAACAUUUCUUCCAGCUUUGAAUUAAUUGGGUUUGUGUGGCUGGAAGCAAAAGCUUUCCUGUGGAUGUUCUUCACUGGGUUUUCUUCCUGUUAGAUUUAAUUGUUAGCAGUUAAAUAUCUUGAAGUAAGUUUGUCUGAGAAUUACAAAGAUUAUCCACUGGUCUAUAGUGACUGUUGAUGAAUUUG